UCGCGAAAGAUAAGAAGGGUGGGAAACUGGAAGAUGCCGUCGAUAGGUCGGUUAGGUAGGUAAGCUUGGCCGACGCGGAACUGCUAGUACUACAUAUCUACUCUAUGAUAUCGGAGUAGUGGUUAGACAAGUGAGAGACACAAAGGUAAUCUUGUCACCAUGAAGCAGAGAUAGACGGGAAGUAUAGAAAUACUAUGAUAGCAGAGUAAGAAACCGAUGGACGAAGAAGCUUUGCCGCGUACAGUCGUGGCUAAGUUUCUUGGCGCGAACCAUCCAGAGCGAGCGAUCGUGGUGUUCCAACGGUUUCCAGAUGUGACCCCCCAUCCCCCACACACUCCCAAGGAGACCAAACCAAAUCAUGUGGCUCAGCACAUUGCGUCACCGCACCUCUCUCCGCGGCAUCCUGAAAUCAGCAUCAACCACAGCACCACAGCUCCACAGAACAACCCGCCUCAUCGUCCCCAACGCGCGCAUCUCGACCACACCACGCGCAAACAUGUCCUCCUCCGACGACGCCUACGCCGCCUUCCUCAAGAAGUCGCAGAAAGACUACUCCGGCGGCACAACGGGCAUAGACGAUGCCAGCCCCGCACACGUCACCAACACCCCCCAAAUAGAACGGAACCCGCAUCCCGCGAUCAACGCACUCGGCAGCGAACGCUUCUACACGUCGGACGUCGACGAAGCUUUCGAGCCAGUCUCACUCUCCUGGACGAAGGAAUCGUUGCCGACCGGAGACGAGUUUGCGGAGCUGGUGGGUGGAGGCAGCGAUGUGGAGGUGCUCGAGCCGAGUGAGUGGGAUCGGCGCGGCCAGUACAAGGAUGUUGUGGACGCCGUUUCGGCCGCGUCCGAAGCUGCUGUAAAGGUGUAUCGGGCGGAACGGGGGACGAGGGUGGUGUACUAUGUGGUCGGACUGGAUACCAAGGCCGGCAAGGUCGUCGGUAUGAGGGUCAAGGCCGUUGAGUCGUGAGGGUUGUAGUACCGAAUAAUUCAUGGGCCAUCACUCGAUUGUGGUCCCAGUUGUGAGCGAUGAGCACCCUAUGAUAGUAGAGUAGAUAUCGGGAAAGCAACAAUAAAUCCAUUUUCUCUCUUGGAUAUCGGAACAACAUUGCCAUGCUCAGCGUGUCGCACGUAAUCAAAGUUCAAACGCUGAAAUAAAAAUAAAUGGAGAUCGGCAAAAUGAACUUAAU